AUGCAGUCUACAACCCUUCUUUCGCCGCCUACGGCGUCCUCACGCUUCUACAAGCUUUGCGCGCAAAUCCUACAGCCGUCAUUCCGCCGCCAUCAAUCAUCCUACCGGCGAGCACGGUCUAAGCUUAAUAUCAAACCCGACGCCUCUUUCUUGCCGUCGAAGACGGAACAACAUGACCACAUCAUUUACAACCCUCCUCCGAGUAUGCCCAACAUCUACCAUACGCCGAAUAUAUUCCUCCCGAACAAUGAUCGAAGAAAAGUAAUUCCAGAUCCCGAGACAAGACAGCUACAAUUACAGCUCAGCCAUGAGCUUCCUGCAUUGAAGGGGCAGAGAGAAAAGAGAUACCACCUUACAGAAAAGGACGUGGAAGAAAUGAGAGAACUCCGAAAAACAGACCCGACGCAAUGGACGGUGAAUCGGUUGGCCAAGAAGUUUGACUGCUCUCCGGUAUUUGCCAUAUUUGUGACCGAAGGACUUGCAAAAGAGAAAGGUGAACAACAGAAAUUGGUGACGAAGAUUGUAAAGUCACGAUGGGGCACAAAGAGAAGAGAGGCACGCGAGGAUCGAGAACUGAGAAAGGAGCGGUGGUACAGAGACGAGUAA